UGCGUUACAACGUGAGAGACAUUUCACGGAAUAGCUAGACAUGUUGAAAAGGUGACUGAAGUAUGGCUUUUGUCCUUAUUUUGUAGGUCUUUAGUCAGAUGCGCUAAAGAUGGAGAGGAUAUCAAAAAUGCUGUUACUGCUCUUCACAAUGCAGUCGAUAGCCUUCAUUUUGUUCGUCAUGACUAUUUACUCCAGCUCCGUGGUAACUUACGCGCCGUUGUCUAAGAAGGAUUCCCGAACUUACAAACACAUCAAAAAUGAAAUCAGAGCGGCUUACACACAAUUGGACGUAAAGGUGGAUGUUCUGGAAAGUAACCGGUCUGCCAACGGCAUAGAGGUGGUGGUGUCUGCGCCGAUCAGUCUUCGAGGGAGAAUUACUAACUGCACUCUGGAAAACAUCCAGAAGCGACCCGGGGUUGUGCUGCUCACCACGGUGAAUGCCGCCUUCUUGGAUGUGACCGUGAACAUGCUGCUGUCCAUACGACGGCUUCAACUGUGCGUCAAUACUACCAUCAUCGCAGAAGACCGGGUGGUGUUCGAGUUCCUCCGAAGGAAAUCAGAGGGCGACCCGGGGAUUCACGUGGUGCUGACCGACACUGGCGAGGUGGACAGCAGGGCGAUCCCGCGCAAGGACCGCCACGCGUACUACGGCUUCAUGAACAAGCGCAUGGGCUACACCCUGGGCUUGCUGGAGCGAGGCUGGGACGUUCUCUUCAGCGAUGGAGACUUGUUUUGGUUUCGGGAUCCCUUCCCUCAUUUCCAGGGAGACUUUGAUAUGUGCCUGCGGGGAUGGGACUAUCCAGUCCGACUCCAGAAAACGGUCUUCUGCGCCGGCUUCAUAUACCUCCGGCCCACCAACGCCACACUGAAAUUUGUCCGGACGUGGGUCGAGGUCAUGAGGAGCAACAGGAGGAAAGGGAGAGUCGUUUCAGAUCAGACGGUGAUGAAUGGGCUACUUCACCAGGACCAGCCCGUGCACGUGGACAUCAAACCUUUGCAUCCCAACUUAUUCCCUUGGGGCUCCCAGUUCUUCGAUCCCUCGUGGCAACAAGAAAACUACUCCACUGUCGUCAUGCACGCCGCCAACAUCCGCGGCCAUGCCGCCAAGGAGAAGAAGUUCAAGGAAUUUGGUUUGUGGCUGGUCAAUGCUACAAGUGAUGAUCUUAUCGCUUCAGACUGAAAAACCAGAUUGUCUUGUAUUAUAGGUUACUAUAGAGAGACGCUUUCAUUUUCAGGGUAAAAGUGACAGUCCCACUAUACGUUACGUAUAGUGAGCAAAACUGUCUGUUUUGACAAGAUAUGGAAUACUAUGCAGGGUGAUGACUCAGAGUGAUAGGCUAGUCUUUCUCAUUGAAAUAUCGUAAUUUUCCAGCGAAUCGUCAAGUCAAUACUCGUUUAUUAUAAAAAAAGUACAGUUUUCAGGCUACAGGUCAAAGGAGCCAUUUUGUAAUACGAGCUUUGUUUCUUCUCUUGAUGACUUCUGAUUAGCAUGCAUCAGGGAUAGGCCUAACUCCAUAAAAGUAAGGACUCUCUCUCGAUAACUGCAGGAAACCAAUAUUAGAUGUAGUAAAUGGACUUGCUUCAGGUAUAAGUUAUGUGAUAUGGUAAGGGUUUAGAAUGCCUAAAUACACGUGAAAAUGAAAAUGAGUGUUAAGUCGCCAGAGCCACUUUUUGAGUUUUCAUUUGUACUGGAAAGAGCAAAUUG